AUGGCCCCGAAGCUGCUGCUGCUCCUCUGCGUGCUCUCCGGCUUGCACGCGCGGACCAGGAAGGUGGAAGAAGAUGAAUAUGAAGAUUCAUCAUCAAACCAAAAGUGGGUCUUGGCUCCGAAAUCCCAAGACACAGAUGUGACUCUUAUUCUCAACAAGUUGCUAAGAGAAUAUGAUAAGAAGCUGAGGCCAGAUAUUGGAAUAAAACCCACUGUAAUUGAUGUUGACAUCUAUGUUAACAGCAUUGGUCCUGUGUCAUCAAUAAACAUGGAAUAUCAAAUUGAUAUAUUUUUUGCUCAGACCUGGACUGACAGUCGCCUUAGGUUCAACAGCACAAUGAAAAUACUUACUCUGAACAGCAACAUGGUGGGGUUAAUAUGGAUUCCAGAUACGAUCUUCCGAAAUUCCAAAACUGCAGAGGCUCACUGGAUCACUACCCCCAAUCAACUCCUCAGAAUUUGGAAUGAUGGGAAAAUCCUUUAUACUUUAAGGCUCACCAUAAAUGCAGAAUGCCAGCUGCAGCUGCACAACUUCCCCAUGGAUGAGCACUCCUGCCCACUGAUAUUCUCCAGCUAUGGCUACCCCAAAGAAGAAAUGAUUUACAGAUGGAGAAAAAACUCGGUUGAGGCAGCUGAUCAGAAAUCCUGGCGGCUUUAUCAGUUUGACUUCAUGGGCCUCAGAAACACCACGGAAAUUGUGCAAACAUCAGCAGGUGACUAUGUUGUCAUGACUAUAUAUUUUGAAUUGAGUAGAAGAAUGGGAUACUUCACUAUUCAAACAUAUAUUCCUUGUAUACUGACUGUGGUUUUAUCCUGGGUAUCAUUCUGGAUCAAAAAAGACGCUACACCAGCAAGAACAGCAUUAGGCAUCACCACGGUGCUGACCAUGACCACGCUCAGCACCAUAGCCAGGAAGUCCUUGCCCCGAGUUUCCUACGUGACUGCCAUGGACCUUUUCGUGACUGUGUGCUUUUUAUUUGUCUUUGCUGCUCUGAUGGAGUACGCUACCCUCAACUACUAUUCAAGUUGUAGAAAACCACCUACCACUAAGAAAAAAACAUCGUUAUUACAUGCAGAUUCCUCGAGAUGGAUUCAUGAAAGGAUAAGCCUACAAGCCCCGUCUAACUAUUCUCUCCUUGACAUGAGGCCACCACCACCUGUAACAGUUACUCUAAACAAUUCCGUGUACUGGCAGGAAUUAGAAGAUACCUGUGUCUAUGAGUGUUUGGAUGGCAAAGACUGUCAGAGUUUCUUCUGCUGCUAUGAAGAAUGCAAAUCAGGAUCUUGGAGAAAAGGACAUAUUCACAUAGACAUCUUGGAACUGGACUCAUAUUCACGGGUCUUUUUCCCUACAUCAUUCCUGCUCUUCAACUUGGUUUAUUGGGUGGGAUACCUCUAUCUCUAA